AUGUUUCUAGCGUUCAACCGCGUUCCUGAAGAGAUUUAUUUACGUGGUCCCUUAGCUGUGGAAGCCUAUAACAAGGCUCUUAAUGAAGGAAAAACUCGUUUCAAGAGGUUGCCGAUCAUGGUGAUUGGACAAGAUCGCUCCGGAAAAACUAGCCUUAAGAAUUCGAUGAUGGGAAAGGCCUUCAACCCAGACGAAGACAGCACAGUGGGGAUAGAUGUUGGACCCUCACAUUUCAAUGUCUCACGUGAUAUUUGCAUGCCAGGUGAGAAUACCGUGAACAAUCAAGCACAGAUUGAUUUCAGAGAAACCCUCUCUUUUGAGCACCACAUGGCUCGUUUAGUCGUUGAAAGUUUAACUCCCAAAAACAUUAAUUCAAAGGAGGAUUUGCCGUCAAAGGAGACAAAAAUUGCAUCAUCAAGUGUGGCAUCAAAAAAUUCAAUGGAAUCUGUUCAAGAAUCUGGUGCAUAUUCUGCAGCUCGCCAAGAAGAAAAGAACUAUAUAGUCAAGAUUCCAGAUGAGGUAGCAGAGAGGAUAAAAAUCUUACAAAAGGAAAUUGAGAAAGAGAGAGUUGGAGACGAUGCGGAAAUGUAUUCAAUCGUUUGGGAUUUUGCUGGGCAACCUGUCUACUAUGCAACGCAUCCACUUUUCCUCACACAAAGAGCAGUGUACCUGUUAGUUUUUGACCUCAGCCGAGGUCUUCAUGCAAGAGCCGAUCCCACCGUAAAACAAGGAAUGUACAGCAUGAUUUUAGACAACCACGAUUGUAAAAGUAACCUAGACUAUCUGGAUUUCUGGAUGACAUGGGUUGCUUCAAUAGCCAAUCAAGAUGAAGACCAGCAGAUACGUUUGGAUCAAUCACCAACGAAUAUUCCCCCUGUGUUCCUUGUUUGCACUCAUGCUGAUAAACCUUGUGGUGAGGCAGAUCCAUUUGUGCUAGCGCGUGAGGUGUUUGGUUCCUUGAAGACCAAGCCGUACAAAAACCAAUUGUAUAAAGACGUGUUUGUCGUGGAUAACACAAAGUCAGGGAGUAAAUCAGAGUGUUCAGAAGUCAAGCGCUUGUGGGAAAAAGUCGUUGCUGUUGCCAAGGAUCUACCACAGAUGAAAGAAGACUACCCGGUAAAGUGGCUAAGAUUCGAAAAGGCUCUUCAAACCAAGGUAAAAGAUGGGAAAAAGUGGAUUUCUCUGGAAGAUACAAAACAGAUUGCGUCCAAAAUGUGUCACAUUGAGGAUGAUCGGGAAUUUACAACACUGCUGGACUUUCUACAUAACCAGAGAAUCUUGAUUCAUUUUGACAGUUCUCUACUUUUGAAUAAUAUGGUCAUCUUGGAUCCUCAGUGGCUGGUCGACUUGUUUACGUCGGUGAUAACCGUAAAGCCUGGUCCCUACGAAGGAAAAGAAACAGAAUUGUGGAGUAAGCUGCAGACAGAGGGCAUCAUAGAGUAUAAACUUUUGGAACUUGUGUGGGAGCCUUUACGAAUUCCAAAAGAAAUGUUUUCAAGCCUUCUAGAAAUCAUGGAGAAAUUCAGCUUACUUUGUCCUUGGCCAUCAUCAGAUGCUUCAUGUGGUAAGCAGUAUCUCGUGCCCUCCAUGCUGAUGUCUCAUCCACCAGAGGAUAUUAUCAAGUUGGUAGCCUCCUCACAAAUUCCAUCCUUUUAUAUCAGGUUCGAAUCUGGGCAGGUUCCUCCAGGCUUUUUUCCCCGACUCUUGCUGCAGUUUUUUCAGUGGGGCCAAGACGAAGUUUGGAGUGCAGAGAAUCCUCAGUUGUACGCUAAUUUUGCGCGGUUUUACACCUCUGCAGAUGACGACUGCUCUGUAAUUCUUCGAUGCCAUUCAUCGUGUAUUGAAGUUGUGGUUCACAGAGGAAAUGUCAGGGCAAACCUGACAGAAUCUCUUCAAUCCAAGCUGAACCUGUCGGCAGUUCCCAACUAUGAUGGAUUUGAAAAGUGGUGUGCUCGCGCAGUGCGAAGACAACUGGAAUUGAUGCUUGAGCGCAUGCGAGAAGAAUUCUUUUGGUUUAAAAAUAUGAAAUAUAAAGUAGGUGUGAUCUGUCCCGUUUGUUGCCAAGAACGUAAAGCCAAUUACUGCUGCAAAAAUCACAAGCAGUGGUGUUGUGAGCAAGAGGAAUGUCUGCACUUCCUGUCAGAGUCUGAUUUGCAGGAGGCCAAAGACUUCAUCACGUGUCACGGGUGUCCUACUGCAGAAAUUAACAAAGUUCACGUCAAACGGUUUGCACCUUGGUUUGAAACUUCCGAUGAACAGGUGAAUAGACUCUAACUCUUGCUGUAAAUUACUUUAAAACAUUUACUACCAAACCCGGUUAUAUUUUAUCUAUCCUUUUAGCGUCAGUCUUUGGUUAUCCCAGACACUCCAGUCAAACACUCUCGCUUUAUUAAACCUCAUUAUUUUCUCACGAGAGCGAUUACAACAAAUCUAUUAGAAAGAGUGAAACCCGUAUUAAGUGGUCCCCACAUUAAGCGGACACGAUCGUGAAUGAGUCCUACUCUUUUCUCUCCUUAUUACCUGUAAAACCAAUCUGGUUUUAAUGGACAUCUCGAUCUACCACACUAGCGAUGGUCCCGUGCGUGCACGCUUAAUACAGAUUUAUGUAGUGUUUUCUAAAUGCCCUGUUGGUUAAGACCGCAGGAAAUCGCCGGCACUUGUUUCUUUACAAGUGAUGUUUAGAGACAGUCCUUAACACCACAUGUAAAGCAGCAAUAGGCCCUUUGAAGCUAGGUGACUUUCAGUACACUACCCCCCACUCCCCCACCCCCCCUUCGCCAGCCCACAAGGCAACUUCGAUCCAUAAGAUAGCGUUCAGAGCACUUAAAAUCAACCUUGUUUAAUUAUCUCUUCCUUCUUUGUUACAGGCUAUAGCUGAAGAAAGUGAGCCAAGACCUUCAGCUUCUGGAGGAGGUAAGACUGCCACACUAAUAGGGUGGAUGGAUAAUGUCAACGAGUGAACUACGUUAUUUGUGUAAUUAAGGUGGCUCCUUAAUUAAUACAAGAGCAUUUAGCUGUGACAAAUUUUCCGUCAUAACUUUUUCGACUUUAACGCGAUGGCUGCGAAACUUUGGAAAGAACAACAGAUAUCAGUCGGCAAUAAUACGAAAUAUUCCGAUUUCAUUGAUGGUAAAUAUUUCUUGAGAAAUUAGCGCUUAAAAGGACCCUAAUGUUCAAAGAAAAUCGCGUUUAGUAAAAAAUUUUGCUGAUAUUUUUUACUGAAAUUUCUGGUAUCGGCUUUAAUUGAUAUAAUAAAUAUGCCAGAGGAAUUUCAGAAAAAUCGUUGGAGCAGAAAAGUCACUCAAAAUUCAGCUGUGAAAUUGUUUUGGAAUUUCAAAAAUAAAUUACUAUCAGGUAGAAGGAGCCACCAGUUUCAAUUUUCGGGACAAGUAAAUUCAACGUUUGCUAAUUCUUAAAACAAAAGCCGAUUGCCUAUCGUGCUAUUCUUUAAAAGGUACUUUUUAGUUUUAGAAGCACUAUAAAUUGCUCCAAACCUUGCUCUGAAGUAGAAUUACUUGUUCUUCGACAGUUUUAAAAUAUCCCUUGGCAGUUUUGGCUCAAACUCCUGCCGCAUACAUUUUGAUGCAUUGCAAUGCAUUUUCAACGACUUUUACUACUGUUCGUUGCUUCCAACUCAGAAAAAAAGUAUUGAGAUUGGACGCUACCUCGUAUCAGAGCUCAGAUAGAACUGUCCAGCACCUUUGUUUAUGACUACAAAAUGAGCACGAGCGGCAGUUCUGCGAGGAAUUCGCACCUCACCCAGGGGGGACAAACGACAAUGAUGACCAUGCCUGUGAACCGAAUAACAUCACAGUACAAAAUAAAAUUAUCGCAAAAAUACUGCCCGUGAAUAAAUUUACAACUCUGAAAUUUUUGUCACUCCUUUCUUCAAUGAAUGGGUAUUUUUUUUCUUGAUUAUUAUGUUUUGCUCUGCAAUACAUGUUUAUACAGAUCGGUUCACAGACAUGGGCAUCAUUGUCAUUCGUCCCCCCUGGCUGAGGUGCGAAUUCCUCGCAGAGCUGCCGCUCGUGCUCAUUUUCUGGUCAUAAACAAAGGAGCUGAACAGUUCUAUCUGAGCUUCGAUACAAGGUAGUUUACAAUCCCAAUACCUUUUUCCUGAAUUGGAAACAACAUACAGCAGGAAAAGCCGUUGAGGAUGCAUUGCAAUACAUCAAAAUGUAUGUAGCAGGAGUUUGAACCAAAACUGCCGAGGGAUAUUUUAAAAAUGUCGAGGAACAAGUCAUUCGACGUCAGAGCAAAGUUUGGAGCAAUUUAUAGUGCUUCUGAAACUGAAAAGUACCUUUUAAAGAAUAGCACGAUAGGCAAUCGGCUUCUGUUUUCAGAAUUAGCAAACACUGAUUUUACUUGUCCCGAAAAUUGAAACUGGUGUCUCCUUCUUCCUGAUAGUAAUUUAUUUUUGAAAUUCCAAAACAAUUUCACAGCUGAAUUUUGAGCGACUUUUAGUCACGGACUUCUGCUCCAACGAUUUUUCUGAAAUUCCUCUGGCAUAUUUAUUUUAUCAAUUAAAGCCGAUACCAGAAAUUUCAGUAAAAAAUAUCAGCAAAAUUUUUUACUAGACGCGAUUUUCUUUGAACAUUAGGGUCCUUGUAAGCGCUAAUUUCUCAAGAAAUAUUUACCAUCAGUGAAAUCGGAAUAUUUCGUAUUAUUGCCGAAUGCUAUCUGUUGUUCUUUGCAAAGUUUUGCAGCCAUCGCGUUAAAGUCGAAAAAGUUAUGACGGAAAAUUUGUCACAGCUAAAUGCUCUUGUGUUAAUUACGGAGCCACCUUAAAACCAUUCCGACAAAAAUAUUCGUCUCUUCAAGUGGAGAUAUCUUAAUCUACUUCUAGCAUCCCCUGGUAGUUAUUUUUAUAUUGCAAACUUGGUAGCCUUCGAAAUGACUAGAAUAUCCCAAACAAACCACUCUGUCCUUGCCAAGGAUAGCGCUACAAAGUGCCUGUGCUUUUUUUACCAAGUCUGAAUGCUGAAAGUCGAACAUAAAGUUGUAAAAAAUCAUUGCCUUUCGCAGGAAUUGAUGAAAAAUUGCUUGUACUUUCAAGCAAGGCUAUAGAAACACUCAUGUCGCAGCCGUGUGACUCCAGAGAGGUAGUACUUCAACUGAAAGACUGUUUGAAACUGGAUGAUGUUUCCUUAAAGAAUCCAGACCCUGAGACCAAACGAUUGAUUCGUUGCCUUGCAAAUAAAGCAAAACAGUCCAACAGACCUGACGUGGUCAGAGAAUUGAGAGAGGUUGCACCGGCUGGAACUACAGGUAUAAAGUUUGUUGUGGGGGUUAAUGUAAGUACGGACGCGGAGAUAAUAUUUUGGAUUGCUGGGGAAAGCUCGCGGCUAGCGAGUUCAGCGAGUGGGGAAGGCGCGAGUUUAUCUAGGAGAGUCCAGGCAUGCUUCUCCGGAAAAUUUUGAAAUAUAGAGUUUCUGAAAUCAACGGAAAUGCCUGAGAAAAUCUUGCAAAAAAUUUUUAUCACCAUUCUGUAAGUUUUCUGAACAAAAACGCAUAUUUAGCGAUAAAAUGUGUUUAAGAUUAGAAGUACUUUGCAAAUGAAAGAACAUUAAAAACGGCAAAAUUAUUGGUUUGGCUAAAGGCCACCAGCCCCAUAGCUCAGUGAUCCCCCGACCUGCUUAAUGAAAUAUUGUUCAUGAGCAACGCACAGGUCAGGAUUAAAAGAGGCAAUGAUGAAGCUUGCGGGAUAAGGAAUAGAUCCCACACACCACAGGAUAGGAAGAUAAUCAUCAUGUGAAGUGAAGUUUGCUCAGUAUUGGUGAUUUUUUAAAACAAGGACGAAAAAUGUUCCGAAACAUUUCCGUACGAACAAUAGCACAGUCCGAACAUUUUACUGUCGGGGGAUAUUUGACCGAGGCGUAUAUAUGCAAUAUCGGCGGUAUAGACUGUAUUUCAGAGCAGUUGCUUAAAUCAGUAAUAGCUUCACUGUGCUUCUUUUCUUGGCCUUGUGUUAAAAAAUCUACCUUCUAAACAAGGCGGGUCAAAAAUUUCAAGAAAAAACAAAAAUAAUGUCCCUAAAAAAUGUGCGAAAGUUGUUUUUCACUCAGUUUUUGUCUCAAGAGUGAAUUUCUCUAUCCAGCUCCUUCUUCCUUUUAGAUCCAUUUUGUUAAUUUCUUUAAGCCCAGCACUGAUUUGCUACCCUUUUUUAUCUCGCUCUCUUUCCUGUAGGUCCUUUGAUGCCCGAGUGUCUUGAUGUUAUGAACAUACCUACUUCUGAGAUACAGAAUCUUACAGUUCAUUUAAGCGGUGAGUGUCAUUUAUUUUGUGACAGGUUCAUCAGUAAUUCUCAUUUUUGGAAUUAAAAGACAGCUCAGAAUGGUCACAGAGAAAUAACUUUCGUUAUAAUUGUACGGACCUCUGAGAGUGAAUGCACUAUCAGAUUGUAUGUGAUCUUUCGAAUCUUUUAAUUGCAUCUUAGAGUGACGUUUAUCGGGUUAUUAGCAAUAUACGCUAGAGGCCUAACUUGCCUCAUGUUACGCCGAGGGUAAAUAAAGUUUAUUUGUCACCUUUCACACCUACAAUGCACUUUGACAAUGUUAUGACGUUAUUUUAUCUUUAAUAUUAGGGCAGACAGAUAAAAAGACUGGCGUCAGUUUGUUAAUUAGAAGCGCUGCACUUCGCUAUUAGCUUGGUGGGAAAAAUGGAAUCUAAAUGAUCGCAGGCAGUUUUUAAGAUUUUACCUUUUAGUGUGGUAAUUAUCAUAUUCCCUUAAAGAAAAUUGCAUUGUUCUUUUUUGUAGGAGGACAGGAGUGGAAGCAGCUUGCUGAAAAACUGGGCUUGGCUCCACACGAGAUUCGUUUCCUUGAUAACCGGGUAAUGAACCCGUGCGAGGCUGCAAUUGCGUUUAUUGCUAGACAGCGAUACAUCACUGUGGGAGAGCUGUAUGACACGAUAAGCGAGUGUGGGCUGCCAGUGUUUGCAGACAUUCUAUGAGGUGAACAUGACGCAGUUAAAGUACAACUUACAAAUAAAGUCAAACUUCGCUUUACGGACACCCACUUAAUAAGGACACUUAAUACGGACAGUUUACUUUGUCCCUGGU